AGACCUGAGAAACCAGCCACAACUCAAACGGUCAACGACAUCUACGCUUGUUUUAUAUAUCCGCCACCUUUUACACAUACCAUGUUUGUGUAGACGUUUGAAACCGAGCAGUUUGCCGCCACCCUGCCCGUGAGACCUCCGCCGGGACAUAUACGUUUUGUUUGAAUAAUUUAUAGUCGAGCGGAUGAGCGCUUCCGCCUUGGCUGCAGCCGUCCUGUCACAGCGGGAGGAUGAACAACCAGAAAUGUAGCACUUUAUUUCAGAGACCAAGAGGACAGACGACGAUUAUACAAUGUAUCUAUGUGGUGGGCUUCAUGGACUUGUUUGGGGUGAGCAUGAUCAUCCCGCUGCUGAGCCAUCAUGUGAAAGCUCUCGGAGCAAGUCCCACUGUGGCUGGUAUUGUAGGAGCUACAUAUGGGAUCUUACAGCUCUUCUCAAGCACAAUAGUUGGCAGCUGGAGUGAUGUGGUGGGACGGCGGUACUCUCUGCUGACUUGUCUGCUGCUGAGUGCUCUAGGCUACGGCCUGCUUGGGAUGUCCACCAGCAUCGCUUUGUUUGUCCUUGCACGGAUACCUGUGGGGCUGUUCAAGCACUCCCUGUCCAUCUGCAGAGCCCUGCUGUCUGACCUAGUGUCUGACUCAGAGCGCCCUCUGGUGAUGGGACAUUUCAAUGCAGCCUCCAGUGUUGGCUUCAUCCUGGGUCCUGUGGUGGGAGGCUACCUCACAGAGCAUGAAGGCGGCUUUUAUACCUCCUCCUUUACCUGUGCGGCCAUCUUUCUUGUUAAUGCAGGGCUAGUAUGGAUGCUACCUUGGAGCGAGACGCUAAUUCGCCGUAAUGAAACUAACUCCAGCAACAACCCAAGUAAAGGUUGUCAUGACAGCAACUGCAGUAAGUCGGCUCACAAUGGCUGUCAUGCAAAUAGUCACCACCCACUGUUGGCGGCAGAGACUGGCUCAGGUUCCAGAGCUUCAAGUAAGUACAGUGGUGGUCUCAGGUGGUGGGAGUUGUCUCUGCUCCAGCCAGCUUGGAGACAGCUGUCCUCAGUGGUCUCAAAGAUCCAUAUGGUGGCCUCCUCUGACAUGUGGGACCUCUUUCUGGUGCGUCUUCUGAUGGCCAUAGCUAUCAUGCUUUACUACAGUAACUUCUCCCUGGCGUUGGAGGAGCGUUUCUCACUUAAACCAAAGGUGACAGGUUAUCUGAUCAGCUAUAGCAGCACCUUAGGGGCCCUAGCUGGGUUUCUGGUGGGACCAGUCACCCAGCUGUAUGGGAACAACAUGCCUGCUCUGCUGCUUCACUCCACAGUUCUCACCUGCUCACUCAUAUUCCUGUACGCCGCUGCGCCCAGUGUGUGGCAGGUGCUACUUACCUCCACCUUCUUCGCCAUUUCCACCACUAUUGGACGGACAUGUAUCACAGACCUAGAGCUGCAGAGAGGAGGUGUCCAAGCCAGUGGGACUCUGAUCGGAGCCGGGCAGUCUGUCACAGCCAUUGGUCGAAUCCUGGCCCCUCUCCUCUCUGGUCUGGCUCAGGAGUUCAGCCCUUGUGGUCCCCCAAGUGUGGGAGUGGUCCUCGCUCUUGCAGCUGUAGGUUUACUGCUCAUGAGGAUUCCCGUGUGGGAUGGGAGAGGGAUGAAAAAAACAACCAAACUCAUAAACUCUGAGUAGCUGAAUGAAUUUAUAAUUAUGAAAAUCAAUGCAAAUCUUCCACACAGAGAAGUGCUCUUAUGUGUUGGAGGCCAGCUGUGAAGAUGAACCGCAGACUCAUAGUGGGAGUGAUGUUUCCUGCACAAUGCCUCUGCCAAACAUACCUGUACAGGUAGAUGUGACUGCAUCACAAGGUCAAAAUGGCCCCUUAUCACCAACACUGCAGCCCUCCUGUCAGGGAGAGUGGCUUCAAACCUCAAAUGUAGUAUUGGGCUGAGGAGAUUAAUCUGCAUCCUUUUGUACUGUUGUAAGUUUGAUCAGACAGAAACACAUUGACUUGGCACAUACUACUUGGGACAGAGAUUGGAAACAAUGCACACUUUAUUUAAUUCUCUUACCGCAAUAAGUUCCUGGACUUACUGUGGGCCUGCUGAUGAUACACUACAAGUCAAAAUAACUUCUACGUCUUCACCAAAAUACAGGUGAUCCUCCUUUCACACACCAGGCAAUGAUGCUUCAACCAUUUAAACAUUCAAAAUGGUUUGAACUUACAGUUGCUGUGGUGAAAUCAGGCUGCCUGAAGGUAUAUUACACUGUUGUACUUUUGGAGUAGUCAAGUUGGCCAUAAUUAGUUUAACACAUUUUACCUCAAUGCCAGUAGUUUCUCCAAAUGCACCACAUGAGAAAUGGUUCCUAUGGUGGUAUAUGAGUGAAUGUUUCUCUAAUUUCUGACUCUUAAAUUUUACAGAUUGUUAAUUUAUCUUAGGAUAUGUUUAAAUAGAGAUUUAAUGAAAUUGUUUGGGUUUUUUAAGUUGAAUUUCAGCUGUAUACUGAGCACCACUCUUAUUUAAAAACCCACAUACCAGCUAGAAGGAAAGUUGUAUAAAUGUAAGUACAUGCCAAAAAGUCACAAGAAAUAAAUGUUUUGUUUGUGA